CAGCAGGGAAACUUGGCACUGCCAGGUGAGAGUGUGUGACGGGAUGAGGAGUAUGCUCAGGUCAGUUUUAUAGAUUAAUAGCGUCAAUGUUAUGCUGAAGCUCGACAAGUGGCAACAUGGUACGAGCUCGGAGCUCAUGCUUCGGUCUGGUUGUGCUCUCCUGCUGCUGUUUCAUCUGCUCCACUCUGGUUCCCCACAAGAUAUCUUUGUAUGCCAAAAAAGAGGAUGAGCUGUUGAACGAUCUCUUCAAGGAAUACCAGAAAUGGGUGAGACCAGUGGAAACUCUGAAUGGGACAGUACAAGUCAAAUUUGGACUGGCCAUCUCUCAGCUGGUCGAUGUGGAUGAAAAGAAUCAGCUGAUGACGACCAAUGUAUGGAUGAAGCAGGAAUGGGUCGACACAAAGCUGCGAUGGAACCCGAAGAGCUAUCUGGAUAUCAUGUAUAUCAGAGUACCAUCUGAUUCUAUAUGGAUUCCAGACAUUGUGCUCUAUGACAAUGCAGAUGGGCAAUUUGAGGCCACAGCUACUAAAGCCGUAGUGAAGCAUGAUGGCACCAUCUCCUGGACACCACCCGCGAACUACAAAUCAGCCUGCACUAUUGAUGUGACCUUCUUCCCUUUUGACCUUCAGAACUGCUCCAUGAAGUUUGGCUCAUGGACCUACGAUGGCUCACAGGUGGACAUACUCCUGGAGGACAUCCAUGUGGACAAACGAGACUACUUUGACAACAGUGAAUGGGAGAUAGUGACAGCUACAGGGAGCCGUGGUUUGAGGAUGGACACGACAGGCUCCUAUCCCUUCAUCACUUAUUCCUUCAUCAUCCGGCGUCUCCCUCUCUUUUACACGCUCUUCCUCAUCAUUCCUUGCAUCGGUCUAUCCUUCUUGACUGUGCUGGUCUUCUACCUGCCCUCUAACUGCGGAGAGAAAAUCUCUCUUUGUACUUCCGUUCUCGUCUCACUCACCGUGUUUCUUCUGGUGAUCGAGGAAAUCAUCCCGUCUUCCUCAAAGGUCAUCCCGCUUAUUGGCGAGUAUCUAGUCUUCACUCUGAUCUUUGUCACACUCUCCAUCAUCAUCACGAUCUUUGCCAUUAACAUUCACCACCGCUCCCCAUCCACGCAUCACGACAUGGCACCCUGGAUCCGUCGUGUCUUCCUGCACAGUCUUCCGAAGCUGCUUUGCAUGCGCAGACAUGUGGAUCGCUAUGCCACAACAGAAGGGAGUCAUCGAGCUGGAGGAACUGCAGCGCUAAAUUGUGAGAAGGGCUUAAAACAAGACGACAACCUUCUGCUAAACUCAGCAGCACACAACCUUCAAGCAGCACUGGACUCUAUUCGAUAUAUCACUCUGCAUGUGGUAAAGGAGAAUGAAGUCAGAGAGGUUGUUCAGGACUGGAAGUUUGUGGCUCAAGUUUUAGAUCGUGUCUUUCUGUGGGUCUUCUUGUCAGUAUCUGUGCUGGGUUCUGCUCUGCUCUUCAUUCCUGUCAUCUACAAAUGGGCUAAAAUCAUUGUUCCAAACUAUGGUGAUAACAGUAGCUAAGCUAGAAAAUAUUUUCUGCCUUCAUUAAAGGCAGAUUGAUUGAUUGAUUGAUUGAUUGAUUGAUUGAUUGAUUGAUUGAUUGAUCGAGCCACAUUAUAACUAAAACCUAGGUGUCACGCUCCUGGGCUCACCCUCCGUCUGCCUGAACCCUCAGGACUCCAUUUCCCAUAACCCCCCUCACGCACCAGUUACUAUCACAUGUACUCCAUCAACCAAUCCAGAACCACUUCUUAGAAGUGCAUCGCCCGAAUUCUAAUUACAAACACCUAUACCUUUUUGUCUGUGUUUGUAUUUACACCCCGUUGCGAAGUAUUGUCUUUCAAUCCUCGUAAGCGUACUGAGCAUUCUUGUAUGGUUUGUUUCUCUGUGUAUGAUUUAGUUUUUUGCCUUCCAUUUUUUUCCUAUUGCCUAGCCCUUUUGUUUUGGUUGCCUGUAUCUCUUGAUUCCUGUUUUUUCGACUGCUGCCUGCUUUUGACACCGAUUUGCCUUGCCCAUGUUACUGUUUUGGUUAUUCUAGGUUUUGACCUGGCUUGACUUUUAUACAUUGACUUCGGAUUACCCUUCUCACAUUAAACCCUUGAUUUUAUUGAAAAUCCACGAGCGUCUGGUUAGUCACAGCCGCACUGCACUAGGAUUAUACCACUUUUCUUUAUAAUGCAGCAUCUACACUUCAAAUACAGGUAACUAAACAAUAACACAUCCAAACAGAGAUGCAUUAGUAUUAAAGCUAGACGGCCUUUCGAUUUCAUAAAAUAGGUGAAAUUUAGUUCCCUCUG